UUCCGUUCAUUUUGUUUCAGCGGCGAUCGUCUCACCUCAUUCCAACCCCAAACUUGUUUCCUUCUCCAAAUCCAAAACGGAAACUUACAGUCUCAAAUACUCCUUUCGCCUUCCUAAGCUCCGAGUUUCAGCCCUCAAGAAUCGGUUUCCCGAGUCAGAGAAUCGUAAUUUCGCAGAUGAAGGAACAAAACUUUCAUUUGAUGAAAAGGGUGGUGGAGAAUUUGAUUUGGGAUGGUUGCCUGCUUUUCCUCAUGUUCUUGUUGCGUCAAUGUCCAAUUUUAUAUUUGGGUAUCAUAUUGGAGUCAUGAAUGGUCCUAUUGUUUCCAUUGCCCGGGAGCUUGGUUUUGAGGGAAACUCAUUCAUUGAGGGACUUGUGGUCAGUAUUUUUAUUGCUGGUGCAUUUAUUGGGAGCAUAAGCGCUGGUUCUUUGGUAGACAAACUUGGUUGUCGGUUCACAUUUCAGAUCGAUUCUAUACCCUUAAUCCUUGGGGCAAUAAUAAGUGCGAAAGCCUACACCUUGAACGAGAUUCUUGGGGGAAGAUUUCUUGUUGGUCUUGGUAUAGGUGUGAAUACCGUUCUUGUUCCAAUAUAUAUAUCUGAGGUUGCUCCAACAAAAUAUAGGGGUGCACUAGGGUCCUUAUGUCAAAUUGGCACUUGCCUUGGCAUUAUUGCUUCACUAUUUCUUGGAAUUCCUUCUGAGAAUGAUCCACAUUGGUGGAGGACAAUGCUUUAUAUUGCAAGCAUCCCCGGUUUUGUUGUUGCACUUGGUAUGCAAUUUGCUGUUGAUAGUCCGCGCUGGCUUUGCAAGGUUGGGAGAAUAAAUGAUGCUAAAACAGUAGUACGUGAGCUUUGGGGAGCAUCUGAAGUUGAGAGUGCAAUUGAAGAAUUUCAGUCUGUCAGCAAGAAUGAUGGUAAUGAUUUGGACAGCCGAUGGUCAGAGAUCUUGGAGGAGCCACAUUCUAGAGUUGCCUUUAUUGGAGGUACUCUUUUUGUGCUUCAGCAGUUUGCAGGCAUAAAUGGAGUCCUUUAUUUUUCAUCAUUGACCUUUCAAGAUGUUGGAGUUCAAAACAGUGCUUUCGCAAGCUUGUUUGUUGGGCUUACUAACUUUGCAGGUGCAGUUUGUGCUUUAUACUUAAUCGACAGGGAAGGGAGACAGAAACUUCUAAUAGGAAGUUACUUAGGAAUGGCAAUUUCAAUUAUUCUUGUGGUCUGUUCUGUCAUUUUUCCAUUGGAUGAACAACCAAGCAACAACUUAUCAAUACUAGGAACUAUCAUGUAUAUAUUCUCUUUCGCAAUUGGAGCUGGCCCUGUAACUGGCAUCAUUAUACCAGAGCUUUGCAGCUCCAGGACUCGAGGGAAGAUCAUGGGGUUCAGUUUUUCUACCCAUUGGGUUUGCAACUUUGUGGUGGGAUUAUUCUUCCUUGAGUUGGUGGAGAAAUUUGGAGUUGCACCAGUAUAUGCCAGCUUUGGAGCAGUUUCCCUGUUAGCCGCAGCAUUUGCCUAUAAAUUCAUAGUAGAAACUAAGGGUCGCUCUUUAGAAGAAAUUGAACGGUCCUUAAACCAGCAAGCUUGAGCCACUGAUGAAUGUUAUAAUAUACUGAUCCAUGUAUACCGGACAUGGUUGAAAGCUAUUUAUUUUUCCACUUGAAGUGGCUCGAGGUGAGAAGUAGUUUCUACAAAAUGGAAGAGGAAGAUGUUGGUGACUCUGAGCUUAACACUAUUGGAUGAGGGAGUUGACAGUGUUGAUUAUUUAGCUGUUGCACAUGACAAGGGGCCAGCAAAAAAAGAAGUUGAUGAUAUUUGUAAUAUUCUCAUUUGGAUUAUUUAUCAGGUUGUUGAUGCUUUUUGAGGAUGAUGACAAUUUAUGCAAUUUUAGUUGAGAUUUAGGGACUUUGGUGAAUGUUAUUUUUUUUCAUUUUAAUUGUUUGUCCAUUUUAGUACUUGUAUAGGAAUUAUAUAGAUUACUUGUCUGUUUUAGGUUUUUUUGUUUUUAAUUUUUUUUCAAAAAAAUUCUCAAUUUUUUUGUGUUUUUUUUUUAAAAAAAAAUUCAAAUUUUGAAUGUUGUGUCGCGUCGACCUUU